AACGGCGAAGACGGUGACGGAGCAGGUGACGACGACCCUGGAGGAAGAAAACGAAAAUCAGUGACAUUUUCGUCAACAGAUGAACAAGCUGCUGUUGCGGACUCGUCUGUUGAUCCGCCAUCAACAGGUGGUGGAUUCGGCCCUUCCACUGUAGAACCAACUUCUACGCAGAAGGUGCUUGCUUCAUCGGAAGGUGGCGCAGAAUCAAGCGAAGGUGCUGUUCUUAUGCCGGCAGUCUAGGAACAGUAAGAAAAGAUAAUCUUCGACAUGUCUACCCGGUUUUAAAGGUAACGUGGGUGUGAGGCAUUAUGUAGACUGGCUAUGAAUAAUCGCACUGGGAUCCUUUCUGAGAAGUAGAUGAAGAUCCAUGAUUUUUUACCCCUCUAAAGGUAUCAUGGAAGGCCUGGCGACUUCCUCAGCCGCAGAUGCGCCGGAAGAUGGCACGGCAUCUUCUAGUGUGAAUCCCGGUACGUCGCGGUCGCAAACAGGGGCCACUGAGGGGAUGCCAUCGUCUAGUGAUGUGGCAGGAGACGAUACUUCUCUAGCAGAUGCGACCAAAGAUUCAUCGUCUACUGCGCGCGGCACAAAUAGGAGGACAGACGAGCCAGGAGGGGGCGAGAAUAACGCUACUUCAAUAGCAAGAGCUACAGACGGUGUAGAAGAUGCUGCGGGUGACGGGGGGACCAGUAUUUCCACCGCCCAAGCAACAAACUUAGAGCCUCUUCCGCCAGGAACGUACGAGGUAGACGCGGACGGGAACACUUUGGAUUCUGUACGCCGCGGUUUGCAGUCAGUGUCGGGCGACGCUAGUACCACCGCAACACCAGGGGACACCCUGCUGUCCGCACCACCGCCAGCGAAGCUUGAGCGCCGAUACGAGAUCAUCGAUGAACAGGAAGAACAGCAAGAGGAACAGCACUAUUCUCAAAUCAUCGACAUGGCGCAGAGCAUUAAGGCUUCCAUUUUUACCUCAGUAGGCUUAGACGCGGUACCUGAUACUGAUUAGACUCAGACUCGGUAUGCGCAUCGAAAUUGUAAUCUUGAUGUACUUAAGUACUUGUUACUAACCAACUAUGGCGAAGUAAAUGUCAAUGAAAGAAAAGUAAACUUCUACUUAACAACUACGGUAUCUUUGCCACGACACGCCACAACAAGCGCAACAAGAAACUGGAAUCCGAUCUUGUUCCCUCUCUAAAGAUAUCUUUCGAUGGUUGCAGAAGGACGACCCGCACUACAUCGAGGUUGAGAAGGAUCAGUCGGUACUGCUCUGCCAGCAAUACGAGGAGGAUUGCAACAUCCGCGCACUCAUCAAAGAAUAUGCGAGGACCGAUGAAUUGAAGUUAUGAAGGAGGUUUUAAGUAAGUAAAAAGCCUACAUCAAGUUCAAGCUAAACCGAGACUGAAGUAGCAGCUCGUCAAGCUCAAGUCUAAUGCAACGACGCUUGGAGGAGAAUCGGAAAAAGCAGUGGCACCCUCCACAGCCAAAGCAUCCGACGCUCGCAGAUGAAUACGGAAGGCGGCUCCGUGUCGUGUUCGGAGAGGAGUAUUCAGAUAGUGCUCGCGGGCAGCGCGAGAUUACAAGCCAACUACGAAAGUGGCCUGACACUUAUGUUUGAUGAAAAUUCACUUUACAUGUUCUUCACCGCGUUCGUGCGUCGCCAUAGUCUAUUGCUUAUAGAUGCGUCUUCUAGAUUUAGUACACGAACACCUUCUUCUACUUGAAAGAUAUCGUGUACCCUUAUGAAGCAAAAUUGAUUCGAUGUAGAAGUAUACCAGCUUUGCUUUUUCUAAACUCCAAAAUAUCACAAGAUGUAUUUGGAACAGUGUGAGCGGAUGGGUAUUGCAGAGGAGGAUAUCGAACCCGAGUACAUACCGCCGCUACCGCCGCCGCCUCAGUACAUUCGAAAAACACCCAGACUCCGCACGGUUCAGUGGGAGUACCGAAAGCGAAUGAUCGAUCUGUAUACACGUAAAGGUCAUCAAUUGCGCGCGGAGAACGUGGACGUCGAAAUGCUCGAAUGCCGUGGCCGCGAACACUUGUUAUAUCGCCAACGAUGUGUAGAAUUCGAUGGUAUGGCCCCUACUUGUAUCCUAGAAGAUGCAACGAAAAUAUUAUACGUCACCCUCACCACUUCUAGCUCUACUCGACGAAGAUGUCGUCCUCGUCAGGGGGGUUAAUGAUUAUCUUCUAUCAUGAUCAUGCAUCUUCGCUAACGCUUUGAUGUUUCGCUAGUGCAGGGGUAUGUAGUAGUUGUAGUACCUCUAAUGAUGAGCACCCACUACCUGUGUACAAGAAUCUUGACGGUUUGGAAGUCGAAAAUACGAAGCCCCAGCCGCAAUUGAUGGUGGACGACGUGGAGGUCCAAUUUUUAGGACUAACAGCGAUGGAGCUCUUAGUCACCCACGCAAAUCGACAUGACGUCUCCGUAGAAAUGAGGCGGAUUGCAGAAAGAGGUGCUAGGAGCCUUAAUUUGCAGUUCUUGACUUUGACUUCGAUUGGAGAUUGUGCUGAUGCUUUGAUCUUAUUUCUCGUGGAAAAGCUGCGUCUGAUCCUGAUGUUGUUGCUCGUCUCAUCGUACAUCUACCUAGAAUCGCCACUCGUCACAGUCACCUAAUAAACCUGAUCAAUAUAUUAAUCAUCCACCACGACGCAGGUCUGGGUCACCCUGUUGCUUUGAUUGACAUUGCGUCUCGCUCUUUUCUGCAAAUGUUCGACGAAGCGGAACGGCGUCAGGAGGCGGAGGCUAAAGCUGAAGCACAUCAGAGUGAUAUCCAACGAUACUGCUAUCUCAUGUUAAGGAGGGUCUUUCUCUUUUCACAAACUACCGCUUCUGCGUUAUUCACUAAUGACACAUACGACGUUAGAAAAAACUUAUAAAUAUAUAAUUUUCAUGUAAUUUCUGUGUGGUUCGUCGUCGCCUCUUUUGGGUCUUUUUUCCCUUAAAUCAAAAUCGGGCUAGGAAGGGUUAAUGAGGGGUUGAGAUAUUAUUUUUGAACCUUUCAUCUGGACAAAAAUGGCAGUAGUAGCUGCUUCUGCAGCGAUUCUCUUAAUAUUUUUUCUGAUGAAUUUAUUUCCCUCAAGUUGUGUAGGACCUAUGCACAAUUACAACAUGUUGUAUAACCUCAAGAAAUUUAAUAAGAUUGCGUCAUACAACAACAACAGGUAGAUGUACUGAAGAUGAUCAUAAACAAGUCUCCAUCUUACAACAAGUGAGUCGUGGUCUAAUGAUGAAACGUCUGCUUGAAGAGUAUGCGGAAGAAGGCACACCAAUCCCGGAGGACGCGAACGAGCUGCGACCAUUCUUCGACGACUGCGAGGAGGGCGAUGCUCGCAGUGUCUUUAUUCAGGCUUGCAGAAGGCAAAACGUGGAUCCCGACGACUUCGAAGAGGCCAUCGACGAAGAAGAUGCGGGCGAUGAUGAUGACGAUUAUGUCGAGAACACACUUAUUAAAUGAGAUAGAGAUUUAGAUAUUAGUAUUACUGAAAAGGAGACGGACGAAGAUAUUAUUUUUAAGCAGUCAAUGCUUCUCCUUCAUGUUCAUCUGCGGAGAUCGCACGAUGAACAUAAUUUCGUUAACUUGCUUGUUUCGCAAAAGCACCGCUGUACUUACGAGUUUUGACUUUAUCCUGAACAUUUUUACGGUCCUGUAAUUCUGUUUGCUCUUUCUAAACAAGAGAUGAGGAUCUAGAAGAUGAAACUGCUGCCGAGACUACCGCGAAACCGAGCGAGGAAGCUCCGACAAGCCCAGUCGCAGGAACUGCGAAUCACGUCGGUGAAAGUCCUGAUCUGUAAUACUCGAACAAAAGGUGUAGAGACCCCAAGAUGUUAUCCUCCUUGCAUUUCAAACGGCAUUGUCGACUACUUGAGUUGUACGCGCGACAGAACAACAAUUAUCUCAAGAUUACUUACAUGUACAGCGCUACGCCUACGGCCUAUAUGACGAAAAUAAUACGUCAUGAAGGUGAAAUUAUCACAAAUUUUGAACCUAUCCUUCUCUUCCGUCAGCUUGUGGGAAUCCAACACUGCGAUAUCAUCAGUCAAGCCCAAGAACAGGAUGACCCGCGGUGCUUAUAUGAAGUCUCCAUGUGUGUCCACGCCCGUCAGAUGAACAUCCGAAACAACGAUAAAUAGAAGUCACUUAAUAUAACCAAUCGAAACGGAAACAGGGUCUUAUCUUAUUAAGAGUAAAUUUCAUUCGACACCUGCUUGAAGAAACAAGCUGCUUCUUGUGCC